AUGUGGUUACGAUUCCUUCUGUUGUUGCUUUACAUGCCCUUUUCGGCCAUCGCCGCGGGCCAUCAUCACUCUCAUUUACACUCUCAACAUUCUCAACAUCAUGGUCAUAAACGCGCUUCCAACAGUUCUUCUCUUGAUCUGGAUGCUGCUCGCAAACUCUUAGCCGCUGGUCAAUCUGCCAUGGCUUAUGCAAACCGUGCUAUCAUUGAGAACCCUCGUCCAAACCGUUUGGAAGUGCUAAACUCUACAGAGAUUAGAAAGGCUCAAAAAUCUCCUCCUCCACUCGAUUAUCGCAACGUCACUACAAAGUCACUCCAGGCCAGAGGCUCAGGAAAUGGAACUUCCAAAGACCUUCGUUAUUCUGUUCCUGAUGAACUUAUCAAGGCUGCACGCCUUCUUUCAGAGAACUGGAAGCCAUCCUCGAAAGACUUGGAUGGUGGCUAUGCUGCUGAUGUUCAACACUUGAAGGACACCUUCUUGUACAAGAAUAAUGACACCAACAUGAUGCCUCCCAUGCUUCAGUAUGAUUCAGGCUUGAUCAAACCUGUACAUGAGCCGCCGUCUGCUUUUCGCUACAGUGAAAACGAAACCGAUGUCUCUGAGAGCGUGCCUACCAAGGACAAGGAACUUCACAAGCGAGCCGAUUCGGACUGGUGGAUGGCGACUAUUUCCCAGCGAGGCUCUAGUCCGUUCGCACCAGCUGGAUACCAAGUCUGGCGAGAUGUCAAAGACUUUGGUGCAAAAGGUGACGGUGUUGCUGAUGAUACCGAUGCCAUCAAUAAAGCCAUCUCGAGCGGCGGCCGUUGUGGUGGAGGUAAAUGUACCGGUAGCACAAUCUACCCAGCAACUGUGUACUUCCCUCCCGGUACAUACAAAGUCAGUUCAUCCAUCAUCCAGUAUUACAAUACUGAGAUGAUCGGCAACCCCCUUGACCUUCCCACCAUUAUCGCAACACCCAGUUUCGUUGGUCUUGGUGUUAUUACUUCCAACGUUUAUACAGGAGAGACUUCAGAAUGGUAUCUCAACCAGAACAACUUUCUUCGAAGUGUCCGCAACUUCAUCAUUGAUGUCCGUCCAACUCCUUCCGAUGCUCAAGUUUGCGGAAUCCACUGGCAAGUUGCUCAGGGUACUUCACUAGAGAACAUCUACUUCUAUAUGACCAAGUUCAAGGAUGAUCCCAAGACAACACAGCAGGGUAUCUACAUGGAGAACGGAAGUGGUGGUUUUCUUUCCGACCUUUACUUUGUCGGUGGGAAAUUUGGAGCGUACAUGGGCAACCAGCAGUUCACAGCUAGUGGCCUUUACUUCGAAGAGGCCGAGACAGCCAUCCAGAUCCACUGGGAUUGGGGAUGGACCAUGCAAAACAUUGUCGUCGACAACUGCAAAACUGGUUUGACCAUCGUCGGUGGCGCAGGGGGUCCUAUGAGUACUGGACAAGGAAUCGGCUCUCUUCAUUUGACCGACCUACGUUUCCACUAUGUCACUGUUGGUGUCUCGACCUCGGUAAUGGCUGACAACUCAACCGCCUUGCUGUUGAGCAAUUCAGGCUUCUACAACGUUGACACCAUCGUCCAAGAUACCUCCAAGAAGCAAGUGCUUCUAAAAGGAGGUAAAGGAACUGUCAACGUUGAUACCUGGGGCUUUGGAAGGGUCACCAGCGCCAACGGUAGCACUUCCUUCCACAAUGGCGCCAACCUUGACACCCCUGUUAGGAACGCGUCUCUUGUCACUGGUGGACGCAAGCAGUUUUAUACCAGACGCCGUCCUAAGUAUGAUGACUUGGGAUUCAGUCAGAUUCUCGACGCCAAGGCGUAUGGAGCCAAGGGUGAUGGCAAGACUGAUGACACUGCUGUUCUGAACCAUCUCUUUUCAGCUGCUGCGAACAUGUCUGCGAUCGUAUACAUCCCCUUUGGUGUGUAUAUUAUUUCGGAUACUGUUGAUAUCCCAGUUGGAUCACGUCUUAUUGGUCAAGCUUGGCCUCAGAUCAUGGCGACAGGUUCAAAGUUUGCCGAUGCCCUCAAGCCUCGCGUUGCAGUCCGUGUCGGUCUGCCAGGCCAAGUUGGAGUUGUCGAGAUCCAGAACAUGAUGAUGACUGUCAAGGGAGCUACGGCUGGUGCCAUCAUGAUGGAGUGGAACGUGCAUGAAUCAAGCCAAGGCUCCGCUGGUCUCUGGGAUACCCAUUUCAGAGUUGGUGGUGCAGCUGGCACCGACCUCACUGUCAAAGACUGUCCCAAGCUAUCUGGCAAAGUCAACCCAAACUGUGUCGCCGCAUCUCUUAUGCUUCACUUGACCCCCGACUCUUCCGGUUACUUUGAAAACGUCUGGAUGUGGACUGCCGACCAUGAUUUUGACACUGCCGAUCAGACUCAGGUCGAUAUUUAUGUUGGCAGAGGUAUGCUCGUCGAGAGCAAGGGUCCAACAUGGCUUUGGGGUACAUCAGUGGAACACUGCGUACUGUACCAGUACCAGCUUUCUGGUGCGCAGAACGUUGUCAUGGGCCUCAUUCAGACCGAGACACCCUACUUCCAGUCCUUCCCAGAAGCACCAGCACCUUUCACACCAGGUGCUUUCCCCAACGACCCCAGCUUUCACAACUGCACCAAGACCUCCAAGUCUUGUGCUAUGGCUUGGGCCUUGCGCAUCAUCGAUUCUUCAGCUGUGCAUGUUCUUGGCGCUAGUCUUUACUCGUUCUUUAACCGUUACGAUCAGACUUGUCUUGAUUCCGGUCGACAUGACUGCCAGGACAAGCUCUUCUACGCUGAACAGAGUUACGAUGUAUGGGUCCAGAACCUCGUCACUCUCGGCAGUAUCGAGAUGGUUAGUCCUUUGAACGGAGUUCCAACACUCAGUAGGCCCAACAGAAACGGCUUCGCUUCUUCCAUCCUCGCUUGGCUUGGAGGUUCCAAGAAUGUCACCGGUCAGCGUACAUUUGACGGUUACAGGGUCCAUACUGAGAAGACGCUUGACAUUGACCGUUUCCCCGAGGCCUGUCAGAAUGCUCUUACGGCUCUUAUACGUUGUGACAACUAUACAGAAGAGUGGACAACGGCUUCAUAUCAUGGAGUUCUCCCCAGGGAGGUUGAUGUCGAGUCUGUUUGCGACAAGGGUUGCGCGCAAGCUAUCUCAGAUUGGCGAUCAGCCGUCGAUACCUACUGCGGCAAUAUGACAUGGCAUAAUGGUGCUGCUGCUGGUGUCUUAGGAUCUUUUGUUUCACAAGGUAUCAACGAGACAUGUCAGACGGACAAGUCUGGAAAAUACUGCAAUGAUAUCAUCAACAAGUUCACCGUUGUCAACAGUAUCGACAAAAUGCCAACCAAUGAACUCUGUUCUGACUGCUACGUCGGUCGACUCAAGAUGAUGCAGGCUAGUCCCUUCUCGUAUUACAACCGAAACUCUUUCUUCGAGAGUGCUCUGAAGCAAGCAGUCAAGCGUUGCUCAUUGUCGAAUCAACCCACCGCCGCCAAAGACUCGCCUUUCCCUCCGGAGUCUUCUGAACCCCCCUUCUGCCUCUCUGAAGUCACGCACACCACCAAAACCGGUGAUACCUGCGAUUCUUUGGCCACCAAGUACAGCGUCUCUUCAGCAGCCAUCAUCAUGGGUAAUCCCGGUAUUAUCAACUGUACCAACAUCGUCGAAGGAGUUAAUAUCUGUCUACCACUCCAGUGCAAGACCUUCACGCUCGAGAAGGACGACAGCUGUAUGACCGUCGCCGCAGCCACUGGACUCGAUCAGGGAGACAUUCGCUCUUUGAACCCUUGGGUCCAUCCACUUUGCAACAAUCUCCAGGACGGAACUCAGACUCUCGGUCGAGUUAUUUGCAUCACACCACCUGGUGGCAAGUAUGAGCACGACGUGAACACUACCAACUCAGACCCGAAAUAUUCUGAGUAUGCUGACAAGGCUGUCCCACCACCCAGUGGAGCGACUCUUGCUGAUAAGACCAUCAAAGACUGUGGACGAUGGUAUACCGUUCAGGAGGGAGAUAACUGUGCUGUAGUUCUGGUCCAGUAUCACAUCAGUCUUUCUCUCUUUGUACAAGCCAACCCAUCGGUUUCGGAGGUCAAUUGUACCACCGAUCUUGUCCCAGGCCGAACCUACUGUGUCGGUCCAACCGAGGAAGCUUUCGCGGCCAAAACUGAGCCCGUUCCUCCUUUCCAUCGCUUUGGAUGUUUUGCUCGUGAGGCAGACACUAAGAAUCGCACUGUCUUGACUCUCGCUGAAGCUCAACAUGUCAAGCCCAUGUCCAUCAUAGCUUGUCAAUCCUUCUGUUUACAACGGGGAUGGAGGAUUUGGGGAAUACAGAACGGCGACUCGUGUUUCUGCGACAAUAAGUUACGUAUGGACAGUCAGGUCAUAAACGAUUCCAACUGCAACAUGCACUGCAACGGCAACACCACGAAUGUCUGUGGUGGCAAAGACGCUAUUGAAGUCUUUAGCGAGGAUUCUGAUGAUCAGCUAUUGCCAGUGGAGUACAAAAGUCUCGGUUGCUACGUGUGGGAAGAAGUGCCACCGGUGCGAGGCUUAGACCAAAGUCAAAAUACUAUCGAUUCUGACGAUGACAUGUCUCCGCAUGCAUGUGCGAGUGCUUGCACUAUCCAGAAGAAGGCUGACUUCUGGGCUCUCUUGGGGGGUAAUACCUGCACCUGUGCAAUGGAAAUGACUCCGGGAGCUAAGAAGGUUAGCAUGGAUAAGUGCAAUACGCCUUGUACUGAUCAAUCAGAAGAGACUUGUGGAGGAACAUGGCAGGCGGAGGUUUUCACAAAUAAGAAGAAGUAUAUAAAGUAG